UUAAACAUUUACCAGUUCACAUGACUGUUUAAAGUUCAAAAUUGACGGGGCGUUAACUUAUCGUGCAACGUAAAGACUGGACACACCGGUAUAUGUCCACGCAACAAAGUUAUUUUAUUUUUAACCGAUUGCUAAUUUGCGCAGCUCCUGAACCCAAACGUCCAACGGCAUAAUCGAAAUGGUGCCUGGAAUUGUUCGUAUUUCAGAAAAUACAAUGAACCACAGUGAAGAUUCCAAGGAGACGACGGUGCCUCACGUCGUGAAAGAAGAGAUCUUGGCAUCGGGUAAAUGGGUGAAGCUGGAGAAGACCACUUAUGUGGACCCGGCUGGAAACACCAGGUUCUGGGAGACGGUGAGGAGGACAACGAGGCACAACGACUCAGACGCAGAUGGUGUCGGCAUCAUCGCGCUGCUGAAGAGGACACUGCACAAGGACUGCGUGGUGUUGGUGAAGCAGUUUCGUCCACCGAUGGGAUGCUUCACGUUGGAGCUUCCUGCGGGGUUGAUCGACGCGGGUGAGAGCGCAGCGACGGCCGCGCUGAGGGAGCUGAAAGAAGAAACAGGCUACAAAGGGGAAGUCGUCGGAGUGACGCCAGUGACUUGUCUGGAUCCUGGCCUGUCCAACUGCACCACCCAGAUCGUCAUGGUCAACAUCAACGGAGACGAAAUGGAGAAUAUCAACCCGACACAGCAGCUGGGUGAUGGAGAAUUUGUGGAAGUGGUCCUUGUACCCCUUGAUGAAUUCCAGAUGAAAAUAGAUGAGCUCCUGAAGAAAGAAAAAAUCGUGGUGGAUGCCAAGGUUUACAUUUUUGCCAUGGGCAUGGCGCAGGCAUUUUUCACGCCAAAGGAGCUCCCUGUGCUUAAGCAGUGAAACAACAUAGGACCAAACUCUGAAGACCAUUUUAAAUUGCCUGAAUUGAUGAGGGUCAACUUUCCAAAGUGACAUUCCAAGUCCCCCAAAAGCCUCCAAUUGUUUUUUUAAUCACACAUUUCAGCAUAGGAAUUAUGAUCAACUUCAUAUUUCAGAUUUUAAUGACAUUGUGGUAGUUACAUUUUGUGACUUUUAUACAUUUCUUAACACAUUUUGUUUACUAAUUUAGUAUGUUGAAUACUUAUUAAUUGAUGGAAGGGUUAGGUUGCGCAUGUCCUUUUUUCCAAAUAUUAAUCACGGUUGCUCGAGUCCGUUCAUUUACUUACUUACAAUGUUUUUAAUCAUGAAUACUGUACGUUUCCGGUCUUACAAUUGUCAUUUCAUCCAUUACCGUACAUGUCGCUGAGGUUUUAUUCGCUCCUUCGAGUGUACUGUAAAAUACAAAAAGUUACUGUUAAACAAUCCAUGCUGUGCUAUCAUCUCAACAUUGAUGCUGUAGUUACCCCAGGGACUAGAAUUUUGCUAAUCAAUUAAUAAAUGCGUUACUACCUUUGA